AUGAAAAUGGAGGAAGCGGAUAUGGUCAUUGUCGGCGCUGGCUUCGCCGGCCUUGCCAUGGGCAGGACGUAUUUAAAGCUCAACCCGGAGGUAAACCUACUGAUCUUAGAUGCUGGAACCGCCAUCGGUGGAGUAUGGGCUCCAGACCGGCUCUAUCCGUUCCUCCGCGCUGUCAGCCAGCUCGGGCAUUUCGAGUAUAGCGACUUCCCCAUGACGGGCUACGGCGUGGCACCAGAAGAGCACAUGAAAGGCGAGGUGAUCCAGCAGUACCUGCAAGACUACGCCGACACCUUCGACCUCACGCGGCGCACGCGCCUCAACAGUGUCGUCCAAGAGGCCGAAGACAAGGGCGCUUCGGGAUGGCUCCUCACCAUCUCGACGAAAGAUGGCAACGGCAAUCCCCAGACCUACCACCUCCUCGCUUCCAAGCUCGUCGUGGCAACCGGCUUGACGUCCACCCCCAAAAUCCCCUCCUUCCCCGGCCAAUCGCACUUCGACGCCCCCGUCAUCCACAGCCGAGACUUCGGCCAGUACUCACCCCAAAUCCUGCGCCCAGGCUCCCGCGUCGCCGUCCUCUCGGGCAACAAGUCAGCCUGCGACGUCGUCUACGCGGCAGCGGCGUCCGGUGCGGCCGAGGUGCACUGGAUCCUGCGCUCGUCGGGCCACGGGCCGUGCCUGAUGGCGCCGCCGCGCAACGCGCGCAACGUGCUGGGCGAGGAGCUGCUCACGACGCGCGCCAGCACCUGGCAGAUGAGCCCGUGCAUCUGGGGCCCCGCCGACGGCUUCGGCUGGGUGCGGGCGCUGAUCAACCGCACGGCGCGGGGCCAGGCGUGGAUGCGCGACGCCGCCCGCAACGGCCAGGCGGGCAUAGAGAGGGCCAACGGCUACGACUCGCACCCGGAGCUGGCCAAGCUGCGGCCGUGGACCGAGGUCUUCUGGAUCGGCACGGGGAGGGGCCUGCUCAACUAUGGGAAGCCCGACGUCCUGGACUUCGUGCGGGAAGGGCGGAUCAAGGUGCACAUCGCGGACGUGGAAAGCCUGGCGGAAGGCCGUACUAUCAAGCUGUCGAACGGCGAGGAGCUCGCUGGCAUCGAUUCCUUUGUAUGCUGCACCGGCUGGAAGCAUGAGCCCAACCUCCGCUUCACGCGCGACGCCGGGCGCGACAUCGCCGCCGAACUGGGUCUACCGCACGCGUACGACCCCGCCGUGGAUGAAGACAACCGCAGAACCGCUCUCCUCGCCCGCGCCGACAACGAAAUCCUGUCCACCCUCCCGCGUCUGCGCGAGCAACCGCCGCCCGCGACGUGCCCGCCACAGUAUCUGGCCGCUCAGAAAACCGCUCCCAAGGCGGCACGGAGGACGGAGGACGACGAAAUCAUCAACCAACCGACCCGCUCCCUGGCCCGAGCCUACACCCUCUACCGCUUCAUGAUACCACCCUCGCACUCCCUCCCGCACCGCCACCACCACCGCACCAUCGCCUUCGUCGGCUACGCGCGCACCGCCUCGACCGCGCUGAUGGCGCAGACGCAAGCCCUCUGGCUCUCCGCCUUCUUCAUGGGCCGCAGCCUGCCCGCCCUAAACCGGAACGGUGGAGCAGCACAAGAAGAAAAGGUCGAGUACGAAGCCAUCCUCCACGCGCGCCAGGGCCGGUGGCGGAAUCCACUCGGCUUUGGUGCCAUCGUUCCCGACUUCACAUACGACGCGCUGCCGUACAUCGACCUGCUGCUGCGCGAGCUGGGCUUGCCGCGCUGGCGGAAGCGGUGGAGUCCUCCCUCUUGGCUUUCGUUCCUGCCCGUGUCGGUGCCGGCAUUGUGGAGGGAGGUGUUCGAGUGGUACGGUCCCGUCGACUAUCGCGGGUUGGUGGAAGAGUGGGCGGCAAAGGAGGGCAUUCCUCUUGGUGGUAGUGGGAAGGGAAAGGAGGGGAUCGUUGAGGGUAAAGGAGCGCCAUUGCCAUAUAGUGCACUGCUUAGCACGGCUGUCCUUGGAGCUAUUGUUGCUGGGACGUGGUUCGGGAUGGGGAGACCGAGGUGGGUGGAAGUCUCCGGAAUGGUUAGACGUAUCUUGUAG